AUGUCUACAAGUCCUUCACUGAAAAUUGGAACGCUCGAUUUGAGCAGGCUGACAGAAGGAAAUAACUCUAACCAGCAAUUAUUGAAUAGUAAUGAUAAUGGAAGUUACGGAGCAACAACAACAGGAAGGGAUAAACGAUCAGGGUUAAACUGGAUUCAAUUAGAGCAAAAAUUUAAUAACCUAAUUACUCAAUUCAAUUCUCCUCAACAAGGAACUUUUACUGGAACAUCUCUAACUCAAAAACAAGAACAUAUGAAACAACUUGAAUUAAGUUUGGAAGCGAUUAUCGAGGUUGCCUUAAGUGAGAGUUCAAUGAUUUUGCAGGAGGGCGAUUUUAAGAGGGCUACUAUCGGAGGUUUAAAAGCUUUGGAAUAUAUUCAAAAACUGUAUGGAAAAGAUGCUUUGCAACAAGUUGAAGCAUACUUCCUCCUUUCCAAGGCAAGCCAACAAUUAAAUCAAUUCAAACAAGCAGAGGAAUAUUUGUCUAUAGCAAAUUGGACCUGUAUGAAAAACAAGGAAAAAUGCCCACCAAACUUGAGAGCUGAACUUCAUCAACAUUUUGGUUUACUGUAUGUUCAGCAAGGAAAGGUUAAUGAAGCCAUUGAAAAUAUGGCAGCAAGUGUAUAUUAUUUAGCUUUAGAGCAUGGAACUCAUGAUGUAAUUACAAGUUUUGCUUAUUUCAAUUUAGGCAAUGUAUUUGUUUCAAUGCAAGGAAAAUCUGAAAAAGGUGUUUCAUUUAUGAAAAAAGUUGUUGAUAUUUGGUAUGACCAAUUGUCGUCAAUUAUUUUAGUUGGUAAACCCCAAACAAAUGAUAAUGAGGAUGGUUCACUUGAAGUUUCAACAAGACAAGCGAGAAUUCAAUUUAAAAAUUCUGUAAAGGAUUUAGAUGAAGACAAAGUUGGAGAUGCUGAAAAAAUGUUAGAACAUAUUUUGAGAACAGAUUCAGAACAUCUUGGAGAAAAUCAUGUGGAAACAGGGAAAGUGUAUGUUGUAAACGGGUUUUUCAAAUUAUUUUUGGGAGACUUUGCUAAGGCUAGAGAAUAUCUGGAAAAGGCUAGAGAAAUAUUUGUUUACGUUCUCGGUGAAAAUCAUCAACAAACAAAAGAAGUCAAUCAAGUACUUGAAAAUUUAGAUAAAAGACAGUAA